AGCUGUUUGUGCGAGCAAGGAGGCUAGAUGAUUACCCCCGAAGCCCUCGCUAUGAGGCCGAUCGGGGUAGAGGCGACUCCCGCGGCCGAUGGGAGAGGGACAACAGAUACGAGAGAUCGGACCGGGACGGAUACAGGGACGACAGAUAUGAGAGGUUGGGUCGAGAUGGCUACAGAGGAAGUAGAUAUGAGAGAGGAGAUCGGGACUGGGAACGACAAGAAGGGUCACGUGGACGGGUUGAGCGCGGGGGAGAAGCGAGAGAGCAGCGCGAUGAGACGCGAGGAUGUUACAACCGAGGGGACCGACGCGAUGAGUCACGAGGACACUAUGACUCGAGGGACCGCCGGAAUGACUCGCGAGGGCAGUAUGAGCAAGGAGGGUCUGGAGGAGACSGGCGCAACGAUUCGCGCAGUCGGAAUGAGAGAAGGGGAUACGUACGUCAAGUGGGCAAAUGAUCUCGGAGAUGUAUCGAUGUUCCCUUCGAUGAAGGAGRAUGUCGAAGCAAGGAGAAUAAAGACGAGUAGAGGAAUGAAGUCGGUCAGGAGCCAGAGUAUCAAGAUAACCUUUGAGGGGGACAUGGCGACCACACCCAUAAGGGUGGCAGCCACCAAGUCGGCGAGAGGGUCUACAUCGAGGAAAACUGAUACGGAUUACGUGAUGGCAGAGAAGGACGGGCAGCGGAUUGAUGGAGAGGAGGUUAUCCUUUCGCUGCGAAAGCGGGGAGUCAAGAAGUUCUUAAUGAAGAGUUCGCUGGACGAAAUUGACACGGUCGAGCCACUGAGGCGGGCCCUUCGGCAACCCAUGCAGUGCUCUAUUCUGGAGUACCUGACGGCAUCGAAGCCGGCUCGUGAUGAGCUACAGAUGAUCACGCGGAAGACUCGCAUACCUCUAUCGGAGGAGGGUCAGAGGGCCCUUAAGGCGGAAGCUUCUACGGUAGCAGCAACGAAGGUGACUGCUAGAGCGGAUCGCAUGGCGACAGUCCUUCUCGAUGGAAUGGAAGGUGUGCCUCCAGACAAAUUUUAUAUACUUGGUAGCGGAGCCGUGGAGACGAUUAUAAACGAUGGAGCGGUACUCGAUGCUGUGAUUGAUAACGGCAGUGAGGCUGUCAUCAUAGACGAGGACCUGGCGGUACAAGUUGGACUGGGCCUCGAUAGGUCAUGCCUAUUCGAGAUAGAGACGGCUGAUGGGAGAAAGCAACAGAUCACUGGGGUUUUUCACAAGGCAGCCAUAGAGGUCCAAGGGGUGCGGGUGACCCUGCCUGUCUUUGCAGUCAAGAACUGCAGCUCCGACCUGCUCUUGGGUCGAACGUGGCUCAGUCACGUGCAUGCGGUGACGAUAGAGCGACCUGAUGGGAGCCAAACAUUGUCCAUUAAGAAGCCAGACGGGACGCGGGUAAUGAUUGAGACAGUGGAGCCUCGGGACCCGAGGAACAGAGCAGCUCUCGCUGUGGGUGCAAGUCCCGAUGGUCAGAUUAAGUCGUUGCCUAUCUCCGACCGCGCGGUGCGAUUCCGCGAGAAGAAAUAUGUACCACUGCUCACAGAGGAAGAAGGUCGGAUGGUGGAGGUCGAAGACUUAGGGAGUCGGCUAAUAAUGGACGGCAACUCGUACCCAAAGGAAAAAGAGGAGAAAUUUGGCGGUGUGGUAUCUGUGUCUUUUUUAAGGGCACGGCCCCCUAUGGGUGGCUCCCCAAGCGACACAAGCGAGUAGCUCAAAAAGUUAGGCCGGCGGCGGUGGGCGCGAGCGAUCGGCACUGGAAGGGGUAUCAGAAGAAGAGAUCGCGAAAGAAAUCAAAGAAAGAAAGAAAA